CCCGCCACGUCAACAUGGCUAGCUUAGCUCAGACAGACAUGGGGAUGGGACUGGACUGGACUGUGACUGCAAUGGAGAUAUUUUCUGCCUUUCAAUUCAGCAAUGGCAAAUGUAAUCAAUGCCUUGCCUGCUCUGCUCCGCUCCGCUCCUCUGUUGUUACGUUUCCGUACAAGGCAAUGAAAUCCCGCUUCUGCCCCGUCUAGGUGAGGAGGAGGAGGAGGAGGGGGAGAGACAUUACUAUAUUAGCAAGAACAACCAGAGAGAGAGCAGACACUACAUGAACCCAAGGAAACAGGGCAUUGGUGGUACGAGGUGAGUACGAGGUCAUUGUUUGAGAGAUGGGUAUGUACGAGCGUAUCAGGACGGAGGAGGAGGGUGGGGCCGGUGAUAGGUGGAGUGCCGGUGGUGAUGGAGUUGGGAAUGGCCAUGACGUCGAGAUGGGCACUGCCAAGGCUCCGACCCCGAGAUCGCCCACCUCAGGCGUCGCCGGCCGGAGCUCCGAGUGGAGCUGCUCGACGCCGGACCAGCGGCAGCGGAACGCCCGGCGUCUUGUUUCCCUCGACGUCUUCCGGGGUCUCUCUGUUGCGCUUAUGAUCCUUGUGGAUGAUGCUGGUGGCAUCUUUCCGGCUAUCAACCAUUCGCCGUGGAAUGGUGUGACCCUUGCAGAUUUCGUCAUGCCAUUUUUCCUAUUUAUUGUCGGGGUAUCCCUAGGACUUGCAUACAAGAAUUUGGAAAGCAGAGCUCCAGCUACUAGAAAAGCAUUGUUUCGGGCACUUAAGCUGUUUCUUUUAGGUCUUUUUCUUCAAGGUGGUUAUUUCCACUCUCUCGGUAAUCUAACAUUUGGAGUUGAUGUCAGGCGAAUUAGAAUAAUGGGAAUACUACAGAGAAUUGCAAUAGCUUAUCUAGUUGCAGCACUGUGUGAGAUUUGGCCUAAGAGAGAUGAGAUGGUGAAGUCCAAAUCAUCCGAACUGAGGAAAUAUUGGUUUCAGUGGGCUGUGGCUGCUGUCCUUUCUGUCAUAUAUGUUUCAUUACUGUAUGGCUUAGCUGUUAAUGAUUGGGAGUAUCAACUUCCACUUGAAACCUCCUCUCCUCCGCAGAUAUUUUCAGUGAAAUGUGGCAUUCGGGGUGACACUGGACCGGCUUGUAAUGCUGUUGGGAUGAUUGAUCGGAAGCUAUUGGGUUUUCAGCAUUUGUAUAGACGACCGAUAUAUGCUCGAAUGAAGGAAUGCAGUGUAAAUUCCCCUGAUUACGGUCCAUUGCCUCCGAAUGCUCCUACAUGGUGUCAAGCCCCUUUCGAUCCUGAAGGACUUCUAAGCUCAGUGAUGGCAGUGGUUACUUGCUUUGUUGGUCUUCACUUUGGACACGUAAUCGUCCAUGUUAAGGAUCACAGGGAUCGAGUUUCCCACUGGGGGGUGGCGUCUUCUUGUCUUGUAGCUGUCGGCCUUGCUAUGGACUUCUUCGGGAUGCCCGUGAACAAAGCUCUUUACACGUUCAGUUACAUGUGUGUAACUGCUGGCGCUGCUGGAAUACUCUUCACGACAAUUUACCUGAUGGUUGAUGUGAUCGGAGUCAGGCGCGCCACCACGAUACUAGAGUGGAUGGGGAAGCAUGCUUUGACAAUCUAUGUCCUUGCAGCCUCUAAUCUCUUACCGAUAAUCCUUCAAGGAUUCUAUUGGGAUAAUCCUCGGAACAACGUUGUAUGUUUUAAUUGACCUUCCCUGUUUUCCCCUUUCCCUCCAUUUCGAGUUGAGUCUGAUUGGAGUUGGAAUCGGUUGAAGGAUUAGACGAACAGCUCAGUUAUAGUGUAUGCCAUCGGAUAUUGUUCCUUCAGAUAUUUUACAGAGCUACUAACCGAUUGCAGCAGCUCAUGAAGGCUUAAAUUGUGGCUGCACUUAUACAAAGGCACCAUCGUGCUUUGUUCUUCUAAUGCUGGACGAUUGGCAAAACUAUUGAGCAAGUAAUAUUUAAAUUAAAAAUCUUUAUUCGAGAACAACUUUGUUCGGAUAAAAAAAAGGGGUCAAGUAUUUUGCUCUUUUAUGGUGGAAAA